GUCUCCACGAGGGCUUUUUUUCUUUCGGACACUGUUUUUUAACACGGUUUUACUGGUUUCUCAGGUAUUCGGCAAUGUAUCCUUACCCUAAUCAACCACCACAGCAAAGUGGCGCGCAGCCUCCACAUCCUCAAGGAGCUCAAGGAUAUCCGCCUCCACCUCCUUCCGGUAAUUACGGUGGCGUGCCUACAGCCGAAUUCGGUCAAAUGAAUUUAAGCGAAUCUCAGCAUCAUCACCCCCACUUUCCUCAUUUCCACGCUCCAUCCUUCAGCAAUCAUUCACCAUUCCAUCGCCACAAUGAACCUGUUGAAGUAGUAUGUGGUCCACUUUUGCGUUACAUCGAUAUCGACUAUCGUUCCCGUACAUGGCGCGGAUCUUGUCUCGUGGUGUCCACCGAACGUCACACGCCCUCCAUGCAAGUCAAGUUGCAAUCCGCAUCGGGUAGAACACAGACCAUUCAAAGUCGUGGUGAGGAAUUGGAUACAUUCCGUCAUCAGUACCGUUUCUGGCGUUUUGAGUUGCGUCUACCUCUCAUCAACGAAUCACAGGUGGCCACUUACUCUUGCAGCGGUGUGCAAAAGGAAUAUUCAUUCCAUCUUCCGACUGUGGAGGAAUCCAUGCGUUUCAUGUUCUAUUCAUGCAACGGGUUCUCGGACAUCCCACAGGAGCUCAAGGAUAAAUUCGGAGAGAAAACCGCCCCACUUUGGCAAGAUGUAUUGGACCGACAUGAAGUGAUGCCUUUUCACGUGAUGAUCGGUGGUGGGGAUCAGUUAUAUCAAGAUCGGCUUAUGAAGGAAGAUUUUAUGAAACCCUGGCGGGAAGAAAAGGAUCCAAAAAUUCGUAUGGCAAUGCAAUUACCUGCUACCAUGCGCGAUGGCCUCGAACAUUUCUAUUUCUGGAAUUACGUGCAAAAUUUUGGUUUCAAAGAUAACCCCGUGGUAGCCUUUGCGUUUGCUUCCAUUCCAUCUGUCAAUAUGUGGGACGAUCAUGAUAUUAUCGACGGUUAUGGAUCUUAUCCUGCAGAAAUGCAGAGAGCUGACAUGUUCCAAGUACUAUUUGCCAACGCUUGUCGAUUCUAUUAUCUGUUCCAACAACAUACCACGGUUGAACUAGCUCCUCGUCAUGGCAUGUUACGCGGAACCUUGCCGACCUGCAAUAGCAUUGUUACGACUUUGGGUCCCAGCAUUGGUUUGGUUCAGUUGGAUUGUCGCGGUGAACGCACCAAAUUUGAUGUGUGUCGACCAAAAACGUAUGAUGGUGUUUUUGAAGCCCUGUAUAAUCAAAUGCCUCCCACAGUGAAACAUUUACUGAUAGCGACGGGUGUGCCGUUGAUUUAUCCUCGUUUGACUCUUUUCGAAAAGGCCAUGGAUGGUGCUGCCGGUUUCAAUCUGGCCACAUUGGUAGGCAAGACAGGAGCCUUGGGUGAAGUGAUUAGUGGCCAAUUGAACAAAUGGAACGGUGAUCCAGAAUUGUUGGAUGAUAUGAACGAUCAUUGGACCGCAGGAAACCACGAGGUGGAGCGCAAGAACUUCAUCGAGCGAUUGCAGCAAUAUGCACGUGACAGAUCUAUCCGUGUGUCAUUCUUAGGAGGCGAUGUGCAUUGUUGUGGUGCAGGCAAACUAUACUCAAAGGACAUGAAAGAUAAGGAAGAAGGCGAUCCCUUCCUGAUGGUUCAAAUCAUUUCUAGUGCCAUUGUGAAUGUACCACCGCCUCAAGCCCUUCUUACUAUUUUGAAUCAGAAUUCGUCCUUUGUCACCUUCAACGGCAACACAGAAGAGCGCAUGUAUAAUUUGUUCAAACGAUCUCCUAAUGGCAACACCAGACAAAAUAAGAAACUUAUGGGUAUGCGCAACUAUUGCGCAGGCUAUCUGGAUGAGGAAACUGGCAAGAUGAACUUUUGGAUCCAAGCGGAAAAGGAAGUGGGAAAGAAAGGCACCAUGGGCUACCUCGUGGACGUACCAAAGCUUCUCUUUGGUCAAGCCGGCUAUCAUUUGCAUGUGCAACAAAAACCUCCUUUAUCCUCAUCGACAUACUCAUCUCUUCCACCUCCACCCCCGGCAUCCGGUAAUGCGCCAACUACAGGUGGUUUCGUUAUGCCACCACGGCCCGAAGCCAAUUAUCCUUAUCCGCAAUAAUGGGCCUGACAGCACGACAAAAAGGAAGGAAAAAGCAAAUUGUUGUUGUUGUGAAAGGGAAUCUAAAAAGAACCAAAAUAGUAUCAUCAGUAUAUCUCGGAGAAACAAAAUGGUCAGUAAUCCGUACAAUAAAAUUCAAUCAACGUAUCCUGUCAUCAGUUGUCGCGUGUGUGAUCAAGAUAAUUUGGACCACAUGGGAAAUUUCGCAACGCACUUAGCUAACCUGGGCAGUCUUUGCUUCUUUUUUUAUUUCCAGU